AUGUCGACGUUGCAGAGGUCGUCGGUGUCCUUCAGGAGACAGGGCUCGUCGGGGAGGAUAUGGCACGAGGCGGUGCACCAAUGGGAGCUCAAGGGCCACAGUGGCGUUCUCUCAAUGCCCACCGUUUCGCCGCCGGCGGCGGCCCCGGUGGGCGCCGCCCAGCAGGAGAAGGCCUCUGGCCGGUGCAGCUUCUUCCCUUCCUGCAUGAGGCCGUCGUCUUCCUCCUGA